AUUCUUAAAAUAGUAUAAUGGAAUGGUGCGCACUCGAUCCAUUUACGGAGGGGGGGGGGGGUACAGCUAGAACAAACUGACGUCAUUAUAACCUUUCUUUGUCUGUAUAUUCUUGUGCAUGUAUUCUACCAUAGCAAGAUUUGUGGCCAGGAAAAUGGCCAUAUAAUAUUAUGGAGAAUUUGCACCUUUUGCCAUGAUGUACAUUACGACAAAAAGGUAGGGUUAAGUGAUUCGAUUGUUAGAACGCACGGCGGUGCGUGCGUACGCUGUAUCGUGGUGUCACGGACGCCUCCCCUCAUUUGCAAAUGAAAAGCGUGAGAAUUAUGGAUUCCACAAUAGCGCGGCGGUAAGGGUUUAUCGACUAAAUCAUUGGCAGUCCUUGCAGUAUAUAGAUUUAUAUAGUCCAUACCCUCUCAUCUAAUAAAACCACAACGAUGGAGUGUCUACGAGUGCGAAUUACCCUUCCUGCUCCUUCGACGGGGGUAGAAAAGACUCUGUGAGCACGUGUAGUUUCAAAUGCGACGCCUGUUACCAUGGUAACUUGUUAUUUUAUGUUCUGCUUCAUGCCGAUGGAAUAGCACGUAAAGCGACUGAGGAGGCGCCACGAAAGAAAAAGGUUCACUCUAUCCACGAGAGUUCGCUCGAUGCGGUGGACGGGGUUUUUUGGAGUUUGCUCAAUCAACGCGUACCCCAAAGCAUCAAGUGUUAUUUUCAUCUUAUGAACUCUUUCAAGAACAGGAAGGUAUUUUUCAUCAUCAUACCCAACCCGUGUUUGCUCGAUUUGGCAAUCUGCAUCUGAUCACACAUUUGUAUAUACCAAGCGAAUCUUCCCCGCGACUCUUUGCUCCUGUGUGUGACCAAUAAUGCGUCUCUUUCGUGUAAACUUCAAGAGAAAUAUCCAGCUUCUCUUUUCCUCUCCUGCCAUAAAUGAUUGAGCAUCAUCACAUCGUUGGAAUAAAAAAGAAAGAAAAAGCAUACAUCGUGAGCAAAUCACUGCGUGUGGUUUAACCGACCAUUCAACGCACAGUUGAACGAACACACAAUACAAACGCAAACAAUAAUAAUAAUUUCAUUUUUUUUUCUCUCUCCCGCUCUCUCUUAUGAAUGGCGUCGCGGCCAUACAUCGGUUGCUGGGGUGACGAUUCUUUGUGUUGGAACCCCAGAUAAAAGGACCAUCCAUUAAGGGGGUAAAAAUACACUGUAGAACGUGGGAAAACGUUCCUGAGCAAACCUGUUGAAACAUAUUUCCACAAAGAUGAAGGGGCUGCUUCAUAAUAGAACUACACCUGUUGAAUACGCCGAGAUACAAUAAACUUUUCUCCCCUCGCGCCGAGGCUGUUUCCAAACCGGGUGACGAUUACAAUCAGUGUGUAUGUUUUCGUAAAUGCGACAUCGAGGAAUCGGCUGCGACUUUAGAAGGUCUUGCUCGGAUUAGUUUACGCGGGAAAAGUACACAUUUGCUUCCAUUGACAUCAAAGUCUAGAUUACUUUCUUCUGUGCAUUCGUCUUUGUGAAUUUUGGACAUCAUUUUGUUGAAAGGAAUCAUAUUAUUAAGGCGACGCUGGAAUUAGUUUCUGGACAAAACAUCUUGACGCCGCACGUCAUCAUAUCUCCGUAGUGUUGUUUUGCAUUAGUUGGAUAGCGUGCAGUUCUAUAGCUGUUCAUAGUCGCAUUUAAUGACAAAGCAGGAAGUUAUAGAAGAAAUAUUGCCCCUUUAAUAAUUUUGGGUAGGAACUAUACCCAACAUUUAUUAAUUUAGCCCAUCCCCGCCAUUUGGAAAUUGAUGUUUUCAAGAUUUUGAACUCCCAUCUUUAGCAGUCGUAUUAUGCGUGAAUCAUAUCGUGGGCAUAAAGGCUACAGCCCAGCAAUAAACCUCUUGUCUCAUUUACGGACUCAAGACGCUGUUUGCAAAUCCUCCUCUAGAACCGAACACAAAGGAUUUAUUUGAGUUUUUAGGAGAAGUUCAAACUAACUAAAUACCGCUCUGCUUGGGGGUGUUUACAUUCGAUUGGAGAAGAACCUUCUUCAGAUUGUCCGUCCGUUGAAAUAAUCUUUCUUAUUGACACAAAUUCUGUUUGGUAGAUCGCUAUAAAACUUCUUGAAUAGAUAUUAAUGGGAAGUAAGCUUAUGAAAAAUAAAAUGGCGGGCAAAUAUGUAUUGUUCAUGUACUUCAUUCUGAUGUCAUUGCUGUGCCUUUUCGGUUACGAUAGUCCUUCGGCGCAGGCGGUAGGAAGUCGGCAAGAAAUCACCGUCGACCCGAAGGACACGAACGCCAUACGAGGAGAGCUCGCGACGCUGUACUGCACCAUCGCCAACCAAGUGGGCGUGCCAUCGUGGUCAAAAGACGGCGACAUCAUCGCCGUCAAGCCCAUCGACGACACCGGGGACGCCGGCGAGCAUCGAUGGGCGAUCUUCGGCAAUGAGUCGGCGGGCGAGUUCAACCUCCAGAUCGUGGACGUGGAUGACUCGGACGCCGGUGUCUACACGUGUAAUAUUUCCCAGCCGUCGUUGCCUGGUGGGUACCUGUCUUCCCAGCCCGCAGCCCUUCACGUUCUCCCACCGCCCGAAGGUGAUUUCCCAGAGUGUCUCAUCAGUAUUGAAGGUACUUUGGACGUCGGGGAGGCUGUAGAGUUCACCUGUGCAUAUAAGACAGAGAGCACACACCAAGUUCAGCUCUACUGGACGAAACAAGACGACGCUGCGUUCGAGCCUACAAGCCCAGAAACACACAUCCGUGAUGGUUUUAUCGUCACUCAAUUCUACCACAGCAUCACUCGAGAUGAUCACCUCUCAACCUUCCAAUGUAUCGCCGAUAGCUCCGAUCUCCCGUCCGCUCGCUCCUGCACGACGGGCUUUAUCGUCGUCCGUCACGCCCCCGACGUUAUGAUAACGCCUGCGGCGCCGUCGGUACGCCGCGGUGACAGCGUCAACUUCACCUGCCUCAUUAGGUCGUCGUAUCCGGCGGAUUUCGUGUACUCGUGGACAUACAAAGGAUUACCGCUAGAUAGCUUCGGAGAGAAGAUUAUUGCAAGGGGGACGCAGGUAUCUAUCUCUGAUAUCGGGGAUGAUGAUAGUGACGCCGAACUCACGUGUGAAGCGGUAAAUGACGUAGGGUCAAGCCGUGCCACCGCGGUUAUAGAAAUCGUCACAUCCUCACCGCAGAGUAACAUCUAUACAUGGGUCAUUCCCAUCGCAAUAAUUGUGGCGAUUAUUUUGAUCAUUUUGAUCAUCGUAUCGAUAGUCUUUGAAUGCAGAUGCUGUUGCAAGAGGUACGUUCGUACCAAGAAACUCACAGCAAACGGGUGGUCCGCCGAACAGUUUAUCAUGGAAACUCGAUUGCAUGUCCCCGAACGACGCAACAGCGACGCAACGACGGACUUCUUCAUGGCGCGGGACAUUGCGACACCAGCGAGAGCGCCAUCAAGAGUCAGCCAACAGCGGAACCAAAGAGCUGACAUGAGGUUCAUCCAAGAAACAGCCAUCGACAACAUCAACCAGACCCGUCCCGAUUACGGUAGCUUUGGAAUCGAGCAGCGGAAACAGCAACCACGCAACGCAUCGACAAGCCCUUACCAACCCGUCGGUUCCAAGAUGGAAGGAUACACCGAAGUCGACGACCCGUCUCCCGAAAGGAACAUAAGCCCAGGGUUCAGUGACUCCGGGCUCGACUACCAGUCGUCACUGGACGGAAGCGGGAGCCCAACGUCAAGGGCGGAUUCGACGCCGAUCUAUGCCCAGGUACGGCGAGGUGGACGAGCAUCGCGUAUCGGAGGAUCUCGGCCCAGUGUUCAAGAAAGGCAAAAUAUAAUGGACCAACUAUGAUAAUGGGCCUUAUUUCUAUAUAACAAACUGUGCAAUAUGCACCUGUCUUUAUAUAUGCACGACGUGCACGAUUUCACUUGCUUAUUGCUUUUUCGUUUUGAUAACCGCAUGGAAAUUUUGAUGCAUUUUGGUGUGACUUGUUAAUCAUGAUUGUUAUUAUUUUGUCUUAUGGAGUUUACAGUUUUCCUGUGAAGUUUUAUUUUACUGUGUAGUAUUUUCGGGUCUACCAUCCUUAAGGAUGAUCUUUCGUCCACCCCUAAGGACGUAUAGCUCCAGUCAAAUGAUCAGUCUGAUGACCCCCUCUUUUCCCCAAACAAUUCUCCAGGGGCUAAAUUUACCACGUUUAUGCCGAAUAAUGAUAACAAACAAUAUUUUUAAUCAACGAACGUAGAAGGCAGCAACACUUCGCAGUCACUCUGUUUACAGUGUGUUGCUGCCCUCUAAGUUUGUUGAUUUUUAUUUUUAUUGCACAAAGGUAUAUGCACGAAAGUGUAGUUAGCCCGGCGCACACUAUGCGAUCCGAUACGACGCGAUUUUUUGAUAAAACGCAUUUCGAAUUAAAUAUGACUUUUCCAAGAAGCAAACUUAUUUUAUUUGAAGUUCGGCAUAUUGUUAAGAAUAACAAAAUCAUAAUUUUGCUUUGCGGCAAGCCCUGUUUUUGGAAUAAAGUCCAAAUCGGCUUCAAGUCGCAGGCGAUUAUGACGUCAUUACGAUUUGAAAUUGAAUUUACUUUUAUUCCUACAAGGAGGCUCCAACUUCAAUAAAUUUCGCAUUUCGGUAGUCUUGUCACAAUUCUGAAUUCUUAUUGCUGCAAUUUUAUUGGUUAGAAUGUUCUUUUUUUCAAAUGUUAUUGUGAUUUCUUUGAAAUUCGAAUCGCUACGAAUCGCAAUGUGCGCGCACUACAGAACUCCAAAGAUAUUCACUGCGUACAAUAGUCGGCCUGUGUGCGCUUCAAAAUAUUAAAAACAAAGUGAAAAUCAUCAAACAAGUCGUCUAGUGAAAAUUAUAUACGUGAGUGUUUUCAUCACUGAUAAGUUUGUAAUGUCUUCAUAGCGAAGGAACGUUUUCCACUUUUACAAACGAGAUCAAUGAUUUCAUUUGAGUUCUCGAUAAACGAUCGGAAGGAUAAUUCUGUAUCCAUUUUUGGGUGACGUCUUCUGAAGAUGUUGCCAUAAACAUUAUUAUUAUUUACAUUUAGGCCUAUGGUUGUAGUUUGAUUUUGAAAUUUCAAGGUAUUUUUAUAGUUUUGAAAACUAUGAUAUGAGACAGAAAUUGCUAUUGUGUCACAUAGUGCAAAUAUUUCAUAAGGCUGAAUUUUACAAUUUUUCUCGAUUUUAUAUGAUCCUGUCUGUGUGUGUUUUCAAUAAUGUAUCCAACAAUGUCCAGCCGUAUUGUGCCAUACUAAUGUUUCUUUUACAUUUCAAGAAAAUAUUAAGUUUUAAUUUUUCAUAUAAACGAACGAAUUUGAAAAUAGUCAUGCCAUUCCCUAUAUAUAUUGCUUACUCGUGUAUGUUAGAUCGUCGUGUAAUAGCCCGACCAAUAUCACAGUUAUUCCUUCUCGUGCAUAAUUCAGGCAAUAACGAGAUAACACGAGAAUUUGAAAUAUUAAUUUAUAUUCAAUAUAAUUGGAAAGUCGUGAAUUCGUUGAUUAGUUUGUUAUCGAUUUAUGGCAUUCCCUAACCGUUAUUGGCCUUAGACACACAUGUCACCCCAUCGGUGCAUGAAAUAGCGCAAUACAAAAUACAUUUUUAUUUCUGCAUACGGUUACGAGAAUUCCCGUCACGAUAUUGAUACUCUCUCUCUCUCUGUAUAAUUAUCAUUUUUUAUAACCCAAUACUGUUCCAAUAACAAAUUCAUACAUGUGUUUAUUCGGCGUAAUGUAUAUAUACACCAGAAAGGGAAAGGUGUGUGAAAUAUUUGUUAUAUGAAUAUCAAAUUACUCGGUUUUAUCGACAAACAUCUAUUCGUAUAAAGGUUAUGUUGCCUGGGUGUAUGAUCUUUCACGAUUUUUUUCUGAGCUGGUGCAUUGGAAAUAAAAUUGAGUCUAUUUUGAAGCA